AUGUUCCAGAGGUUCACCAGCAUCCUGUUUGGGGACUGCCCAGAGGAUGUGGACCCCAGGGCCCGCGGUGGCAUGGCACAGUCGGGCUUCGAUGAGAAGGAGGACGAUGACGACGAGUGGAUCUUGGUGAACUGCCUGGCGGAGGCGUGUGCGGGUUCGAGUGGCGAGGGCCUGGUGGAUAUCCGUCCUGAGGACCUGGCAGAUCUGGAGUGUCCCUCCCCCUCUCCUUGCCCCUCCCCUUCCCCCUCCCCCGACCGCCUACGCUCCUACUCCUGCUCCUCGCUCGACUCGGCCGCCGACACCGACGCCGAGGACGGAGGCUUCCUGCGGUUGGACGCGGAGGACGGAGAGGAGGAUGAAGAGGAGGAGGAUGAGGAGGAGGAGGUGAAGGGCGCUGGGCUGUUGGGCUGUGUUGGACUGGAGGAGAGCUGGUUCAUCACGCCGCCACCGUGCUUCACGGCGGGGGGUCGCGGCGCCCCCCUGCUCCUGGAGACUAGCCCCCUGGAGAACCUCCUCAUAGAACACCCCAGCAUGUCCGUCUACGCCGUGCACAACCCCAGGCACCACCACGGGGCGCGACCCCCCCUCGCCAAGGAUGCCUCUCGAGACCCCUCCCUCCACAGGACUGAAGUGCAGCGUCGUCCGAGCCACUCUACUGGCUGCUAUGCCGCUGCGUUGGCGGCGCACGCCAGCCUGAUGUCGCAGGUGAAGCACGGGCGCGUGGCGCAGCGCAUCCGGGAGAACGCGGCGCGCCAGCAGCUGUCCCGUAACGCCCUGCGCCGCCUCAACCUGCUGCGUGAGGGCCGCGCACGCCAGAACAAGAGCAGCGCCGCCAGCAGCCUGGUGCACCAACCCGGACACCGGCACUUCAACUACUGAAGAACCCAACCCAACCCAACCCGGCCCAGCCCAGCCCAGCCCAGCCCAACUCCACCCAACCCAGCCCCAUCUUACCCAAUCUGACCCAGUCUAACCCAGCCACGUCUCCUUUAAACCAGCCCGGACACCGGCACUUCAACUACUGAAGAACCCAACACCACCCAACCCAGCCCCAUCUUACCCAAUCUGACCCAAUCUGACCCAGCCCAGCCUCCUUUAAACCAGCCCGGACACCGGCACUUCAACUACUGAAGAACCCAACCCCAGCCCACCCCUGACCAACAUCUGACCCAGCCCAGCCCAGCCCAGCCCACCCGGGUAUAACCUAGCCCAGCCCAGCCCAGCCCGGUAUAACCCAGCCCAGCCCGGACAUAGGCACUUCAACUACUGAAGCACCCAACCCAACCCAGCCCGAUCUUACCCAGCCCAGCCCAGUCCAGUUUAACCCAACCCAGCCCACUUGAACCCAGCCCAUCCUGGUCUGAAGCACCUCCUUUAACCCAGCCCAUCCCGGACUGACCCAAUCUGACCCAGCCCAGCCCCUUUUUACCCAGCCCAUCCUGUUCUGAAGCACCUCCUUUAACCUAGCCUGUCCACCUCAUGACCCAACUGAACACAAUCAUCUCUCCACAUCACCACCACCAGCACCACCAACAUCAGCACCACCACCACCACCAUCACACGUUGGACAGAAAGAUGAGCCUCAGCUUCAGUCAACGCCUUAACCCCUCAAAACCCAAUGAAAGCCCCCCCCCCCCCCCCCCUUUUACACCACAGUCCUGUCAAAGUCACCUGGACUCGGGACCCUUAAAACUCUUCAACCCAUCCAACAGAACCUGCCCAUUCCCCCAACCCAGUCCACCCCAGCCGGUGCAGACAACCCUACCUACCCCUCGUCCAACUCAACUUUGACCUUGAACACAAACUUUGAUCUUGAACACAAUCAGAUCUCCAAUCAGGCAGAACAGGAGUGUUCGUAUGUCUUUUACAAAGAUGUCAUAAUCAAAUUCCCUGCAAAAGUCAGAGCCUUUUACACCGUAGGUCACUUUAUCCACGGCAGGUUUGCUCAAAUCUGGAUAGAUGCUUUUGAGGCUUGUCAAUGUCAAGCACACAGACACAAGCGUCCUCAAGCCCACUCCAGCGUGCAUGUUCCUCUUCUUUACUAUUUGCUAGCGAGACAUCAAACAGGUCUGUGUCUGUCUGUUCUCUCUCCUCUCUCUAGUUGUGGCUCUAUCUGUCAGAAACAUGCACUGCCAUAUCUGAUGCGGGUGUUGAUGAGCAUGAGCAGUGCAUUUCAUUGGUUGGUUGGUGCCAGAGCAGUGCAUUUGAUUGGUUGAGUGGUGCCAGAGCAGGUGGAUCUUUGCCUUCUUAAUAAGCCUCAAUAUGGUGCUCCACUGCCAACAGCAAGGCAAUCCUGGGGUGCAUCCCAAUAUGCAGACUUCCAUCCUUCCUUGCUCACUUGCCUCAUUGUGACCUCAUGAUGACGUCACCGACAACAGAAUUGUAUUUCAACAUCUCGCAAAAACUCAAUUCUAAAUGUCACUAUCUCAUUCGCAAACGGGAUGGUGAAUGAAGACUAGUCCCUCCCCCAAAAGUUUUUCUAGCUAAGCUGACAGCGUGGAAACGUUAUUGUUUUUCUCCACCACGGAGGCAGGACGUCAGCGAAAACGCGAGGCCACAGACACAGACUGAGGAUGGGAGUCAGCAUAUUGGAAUGCACCCCUCUUGAGAUGCCCUCUUGAGAUGCCUGGCCAACAGCUCGGCAAUCCGCUCGUAGUGCCUGGCCAUGAGGAACAGAUACCACACAAAAUAUAGGACAGUGAAGUUUCUCAGCGUCGUCUCAAAGCCAUAUUGACUUCUUUUAGACUAGUUAACAUCACCUGUCUAGGAGUGGGCAAACUUCGCUGUGGGUUUAUUUAGAUUACUUUUAUUUUGUGAUUUAAAGAAAAAGAAGACCUUGGGGUUCAAUAAUGGGUGUUUCACUAACAGCCUUGUCGAAAUAGUUAAUUAAAAAAAAAAAAAGUAUGUAACAUAGAAAUAAAAUGGAAAAAAAAAUUCCAAAAAUAUUUUUUGAAAGAAAAAAAAGAUGGCUUAUAUAUUACAUAUCAGUAUGAAGUUUGUUUAUGAGUGUAUGUUAUUCUGUGUAUGUAUGUAAAACACAGUUUGUUUGUUGGUUUGUUUUUAUUUCUAAAUUAUGUGGUUCAGUGUAUGGUUGUGUAGUUUUAGAUUCCAGAAUGGUGAAAAAACGUUGGAGAAAAAAAAAAAGAAUAUGGUAUCCUUCUUUGAACGUGUCAAUCUGCAGUAACUACUCAGGGUCAGGACUCUCUACACCUUUUACUAAAAUGCAGAUUACUUGAUGGUUGUUAAUUGUCUUUGUACAUACUGGAAAACCUCUAAAAAAAAUAUCAAAAUGUGUACAAUGCCUUGUUAAGAUGUUUGUGUAAUCCGUGGAACUUCUUAAAGGAGAAAAAAAAGUGCUUUUCUUGAAGCGAAACAGAAGUGAAAAGCUUGCUUGAGGACUGUGAAAAUGAUGAUGUCUUUCUCCUUGAUUGACUCUUAAGACAUAUGGAGUGAAACUGUUAGUGUGUUUGUUUGUUUCAGUUAUGUGUACAGUGACUUUCCAUUGCUUCCAUGUUUUGAUUUAUAUUAUUCACUAUCUUCAAUUUGUAUCCAGUACAAGCGUACCGGUAGCAGCUGGCCAAGCAGCAGUCUGUCUGUCCUACUGUUUCCCCUUCGUCAUUCCUUACGUCUUCAGAAAACGCCCUCAAAUAUACGCAGCGUUGUUGAGAUCAGGGCAGAGUAUGUCUGCUCCAGACUGAACUGAAGGAAAGGGCAGUAGGGAAUGGCUAUGGACAUCAUUGCACCUUUCAGAGUUCUUUUCGUUUGGCUCUUAGAUUUAUUACAAGCAAAUGUUGUUAUUAUUAUUAUUACACACUAUAUAUUUUGAUUGUUACUUUGUUUCUCUUGUUGUUGUUCUCCAUUAAGCAGUUGGUGUACUACACAAGACACUAGAACAUGAACAUGUAUUUAGCUGUUUAGGACCAUAGUCUUCUUGUAUGUGGCUGUGGGUGUGCGUGAUGUUCUAGCAUGAUUGUGUAAGCAACAUAGGCUUUUCCCCCUAUCGUCAUUAUUAGUUAUUCAGUUCAUUUGACACAAACGUGAAUCUCCAGAAUUCGCUUCUGUUAAAACAAAUGUUUGACAAUGACAAUGUUCUGAGGUCUUGGGAGUGUUAUGGGGGUGAUGAAGGGGAAAGAGCCGUAUGAAUGGUCUUUAUUCUCCUUGAAAUAUGCUGGACAACCCCCCCACCUUCACCCUCCUUAGUUUUUUCUCUCUUUCGAUUUUCAUAUGUUUAUCACAGGGAUUCUGUUAUUUUGCCUUGAAUUGUGUUGAUCACGUGCCUUCCAGGUUAAAACAUGUAUGACAAUGCAUUUACCAAGAACUUGAAAAGUCCAGAACGGACACAACCAUAAACAAAAAAGCGAAUUUCUAUGCACAGGGGUUAGUUUGUCUCUGUGAACCACUUCUUUUAGACACCUUUUGUACACAAAAUGUAGCAAAACUCUUUUGUUUAAUGUGUGAAGUGUAUUUUCUGUGGCAUUUUGUUUUUCAUUGUGUUUAGAAUAUGCUUUCAGUUGAUUUUCAUAGUUUACUGGAAUUAUACAGCACUUUGCCAAAAGUGUAGGGUUUAGUAUCACAUUUAUUUAUCUGUAUUUCAGAUGUACUUAUUUUGAACCAUUACUAAUGUCAUUGAUUGUUUUCUUUUUUGUUUGUUUGUUUUCAUUUUAAUUUGCAGACACAGGUAUGUAGUCUGUUUAUUGUUUCACUGAAUUUCAUGAUAUGGUAAUACCAUGUAAGCUACCAGUCUUCAAUAAAAAUCAUUACAAUGUCAA